CAAUCCAACAAAUAUCAUCAACUUUUAACUAUUACAUUCAUAAAAUGAAUAAUAAAUUAUUAUUUUUAUUCAUUAAAUUCAUUAAAAUGAUAUCAUUUUACUUAGCAUGCGUAAGUCGAUCAUACCGGUCAUACCGGUGGUGUCAUGCCGGUUUCAUGAACGACACAGGUUGAACAAGGUUGAACCGGGUGACAUGCCACCGGCAUGACAACCAUGCUCACAAUACAAAAGCCUUUUCAUUUUAUAGGAUAAUCCAUUAAUGACUGUGCUGGAGUUGGCCCAUUAAUUUACAAACUCGAAAUGGGCUAGCCAGAGUUGACUGUUUCCAGCCUUUCUCAUUGUCCGAAUGUGGAAAUCCUAAACGGAAACGGAAACCCCAAAAUGGCAGCAGAGGGAAAAAGAGGAAACCGAAUGCCACACAGAAAAGGAGUCGUCAGAGAGCCUAUAAAAAACGAGCCACCAAACGCAACUCUCAUUUUCUCACACACUCACACUCCUCUCCGCUGUUGCUAGCAAUACUUAACUCUCUGUUUCCACUUUCAAUUCGUUCUUCUCUGCCGUCUUCUCAUUUACUUCCGUAGCUAGUCCUUCUCGUUUCCUGAGAAUGGCGGUCAUAGUGUUCAACCCUUCCUCCGGCGGACUGCUCCCCACUCCACCGCCGACAUCGAUGGUGUUCAAACCUUCCUGCGGUGGACUGCUCCCCACUCCACCGCCAUCGAAGCGCCUCCUACAACCCCGACUCCCUUGUGGUUUCUCCACUCCCAUUGGCGGCAGCUAUGACCGGAAAUCAAGCAGUCAAAAGAGCUCCAGCAUCAACUCAGUCAUGCCGCGACCAUCGAAGUCACCGUCCCCUCCCCGCCAGAAUCAAGCCAAGAAGCAGAAGACGACGACGACCACCACGACCGACAAGAAGGUGCAGUACCAACGACAAUGUACUGAUUCUAACUGCACGGAGAAGAAGAAAGUAGUCUACUAUAGUGGGGCGUCAUUCUUCGUUCCUUCACCGCCACCGGAUUCCUUGCCUCUCCCCUCUUUCUUGACCGGCGGCCUGCACACUCCCGGUCGAGGCACGAUUACAGAGCAAGAAGCCCCCAUUAUUGCGAAAGCAGCAACUGAGAUUCGACCACGCCGGCACUACUCCCGCGAGUUCUUGCUCUCCCUCUCCGGAUCUGCUGCCGCCACUUGUCCACCGAUUCAUCAUAAACUCGACGCCUCUGGGUUGCUAAAUUGAAUUGUGUUUCGUUGUCCUAAUCAGUGUUAUUAUGUGUAGCUUACGGUCAUUUAUGUAUAUUUUUCAUAAGGAUGAUAUAUGUAACCAUUAUUAAUUCAUUAAUUAAAAGUUAAUGUAAUAUUCAGUAAACUAUUUUCCCUCAGCUAGGCUUCCUCGGUAAAGAUCACUUCUUAAGACAAUUAUAUUUAUCAACCACACAAGAGUGCAGAAAAUAAUGCUAUAAUGUUAAACAUGCACUCGAAACCAAAUUUUGCAAACUCUUUUUGUGCCCACCUAUAAAGAAAGUGGUACAAU